AUGAAAUUGCGAAACAAUACCCAUACAAAUUCAGCUUCAAAGUUUCUUUCUUUAAGAGUGAACUUUGUAUUUUCUGCUGCUCCAGUUGCUGCUACUGAUAUCCAAACGUCUCCGUUUCUCCUUCAGGAGGUUAAUAGAAAGAUACCCAGAAAGUUUCCAAGGCCUAAGUGGUCAAUGAAUAAUCAAACUGAAACAAAUUAUGAAAUGAAACGAUCUGCAAAAGAGGAAUUAAAGCGAUAUUCUGGGAUGUUACGGGAGUGUGCUUCAAAAAAGACAUUUGUUGAGGGAAAGGCAAUUCAUGGGAAUAUGAUUAGAAGUGGGUUAGAGCCAGAUUCUCAUUUAUUGGUUUCUUUGAUUAAUUUUUAUGUAAAAUGUGGGAGCUUAGUGUCUGCACGCAAGGUGUUUGAUGAUAUGCCUGAACAAGAUGUUGUGUCAUGGACUGCUCUAAUUGCAGGAUGUGUGAGUGAAGGGUUUGGAAGUGAUGGUGCUAGUCUUUAUUGUGAAAUGAGAAAGGAAAAUAUAAUGACCAAUGAGUUUGCCUUGGCCACUGUGUUGAAAGCAUGUUCUAUGUGCUUGAACAUAGAAUUUGGAAAGCAGGUUCAUGUAGAAGCAAUAAAAGCUGGGUUGUUAUCGAGUUCAUGUAGAAGCAAUAAAAGCAUGGGUUGUUAUCUGUUUUGUGAUUUGUUUGUUGGUUCUACUCUUGUUGACCUUUAUGCAAAGUGUGAUGAGGUAGAGCUUGCUGAUAGUGUGUUUUUUGAUAUGCCGGAGAAGAAUGAUGUGUCAUGGAAUGCCUUACUUAAUGGUUAUGCUCAAAAGGGCGAUGGGAAGGAGGUGCUGAAGUUGUUUAUUCAGAUGACAGAAUGUGGAAUGCACUUUAGUAAAUUCACUCUAUCAAUUGUGUUAAAGGGCUGUGCUAACUCAGGAAAUCUGCAAGCAGGGAAGAUUUUGCAUUCUUUAGCUAUCAGGAGUGGGUGUGAACUUGAUGAAUUUCUGGGUUGUAGUCUUGUUGACAUGUACUCCAAGUGUGGGUUGGCAUAUGAUGCAUUAAAAGUAUUCAGCAGGAUAAAAGACCCUGAAAGACCCUGA